AUGACUUCAUCCAGCUGUGCCACGGUGCUGUACUUGUGGAAGCACAUAAAGACGAUGCAGGCGACCCCUAGCAGCUCCUUCUCCAGCCCCCACCUGCAGAGUCAGUGGAGGGUCACCAUCACAGGCAUCAUCCAGGCUGGACUUUCCAUCUUCAGCUUGCUGUGUACUAUCUUGCACUAUUUUCUUCCUGAAUCAGUAGAAUUUGAAAUUCAGUGCACAGUCAUUUCCUUCUUCUCCUUGGGCACCAUGAUAAACUUUGGCUUUGGACAGACCCUGUUCCGGCAGCGGGCAACUGAUCUGUGGAACAGAGCUGUGCAGAGCACUCAGCUCGUGAUUACUGUUGCAUACAUUUUUUCACUAGAGGACAAAGGGCCUAAACAACAAAAUGGCAGCGUUACUUCAGCAUCUGUCAAUGAUUCCGAGGCUGACAAAGGCAUUGAGAAUGUCAGGACUGGAGUUGAAGCGUCCUAUUUCAUUCUUUGUGUAAUUGCAAUGACUUCAUCCAGCUGUGCCACGGUGCUGUACCUGUGGAAGCACAUGAAGACGAUGCAGGCGACCCCUAGCAGCUCCUUCUCCAGCCCCCACCUGCAGAGUCAGUGGAGGGUCACCAUCACAGGCAUCAUUCAGGCUGGACUCUACACCUUCAGCUCACUGUGGAUUAUCCUGGACUAUUUUAUUCCUGAAUUCGUAGAUUUUGAAAUUCUGGGCACAGUCAUUUCCUUCUUCUCCGUGGGCACCAUGAUAAACUUUGGCUUUGGACAGACCCUGUUCCGGCAGCGAGCAGCUGAUCUGUGGAACAGAGCUGUGCAGAGCACUCAGCUGUGUGGAUUCAACAGAGCAUGA